CGCCUCCUCCUUCUCUCUAGCAUUUUGUGCAGCGGAGGAGGGAAGGAGGAGAGACUGCUGAGGUGGAGACAGAGGGGACCCUGAGACAACACGUCCCACGCUAGAAAGCCAGACAGCCAGGGAACUUUGAUUUGACGCCAAGUAUCCUGCGAUGAAAAUGACGAUGAAGAGAAAGAGCCACGUUUCUUCUUCUUCUUGGGAGGCUUAGAUAUGUCGGGCGUGUACAACAUAUGAUGUCCUUGGACUCAUGUGCUCUAUGAAGAUUUAUUUGUCUGUGAUUUCGCUCCUCAUUUCGCUGAUGGUGCCGCUUCGUUGUGCCUGCACUUAGGUCAGCCGAAUGAAUUUGAAGGUAGUCUGAGCGCAUUGUUUCCAGCUCCGUUGCAUAUGGGAUUUCCAGCCGUGAUGUCUGCAAUAUUUCGCUCUUUGUUUCUGGUUCUGUUUAGCCUGCUGUCAGUGGGUGCCCAGACGGAGAUGAAGAAGGUCGUUGGGGACAAUGCCACCUUACCAUGCCACCAUCAGUUCCCGUCGUCCAGCUCUCUCGACAUCGAGUGGCUACUGCAGAAACCAAACUCCAAACAGAGAGUGAUCAUUACCUUCUUUGGGGGCCAGGUGUACACCAAUGAGGCUACAGGCAGUGAGGCCAGCCGCCUGUCCUUUGCCGGGGAGUACCUGGGUGGAGAUGCCUCCCUGCUGAUCAGUGACCUGCUGCUGACCGACUCUGGAGAAUACUACUGUAAAGUCAAGACUGGGGGAAAGUACCACUGGAGCCAGGUCAACCUCAUUGUGCUGGUCAAACCCUCCAAGCCGAUUUGCAUGAUGGAUGGCAAACUGCUGGAGGGCAGUGAUGUCAAGCUGAGCUGCAAGUCCAGCGAUGGUUCUGAUCCGAUCAACUACAAGUGGGAGCGAGUACUGGACAAAGGCAAGAGUCUGGGAAAAUUGCCAAACCUGGCACUGAUAGAUCUCAAGAACCCAGAGAUUGUGACCCUAAGGAAUCUCACUAUGGACAGCACAGGUGUCUACAGGUGCACAGCGAGCAAUGACGUGGGAGAAGAAAACUGCACCAUUGAGGUCACAAUGCAGCAUGUGAGGGAUGUUGGAAUGGUAGCAGGUGCAGUGGUGGGAAUAUCCCUUGGUGUCCUCAUUGUCAUAUUAAUCAUCUGGCUCGUCUUCCGGAAGAAAGAGAAAAAGAAGUACGAAGAGGAGGAGACUCCAAAUGAGAUCAGGGAGGAUGCAGAGGCUCCCAAGGCCAAACUAGUGAAGCCCAACUCCCUGAGCUCAUCUCGUUCUGGUAGCUCACGCUCCGGUGCCUCAUCCACCCAGUCCAUGGUGCACAACAGCGCCCAGCGUGGUCACCGCCCCCGCCCACCUGCUGUAGCAGCUCUCAAGGAAAAUGGACAGCCUCCAGGCUUCCCCCAGUCCCCUCCAGCCUACACUACAGUGGUGCCCCCCAAGACCCCCGAGCCCCCUGCCACUCCCAAAUACAACUCCAGGAACAUGUCUGGGCCCACACCCCCGACCCUCAUGGUCCCUGCCCAGACCAAGGCCUUUCAGACUGUGUAGGACUGAAAGCCAAACCCCCUCCUGCAGCCAUGUGACAGUCCCAUCCCAACCCAAGCCCCCUAGCCCCCUCCCAAAGACUUAAGACUCUUCUAUAAACAAAGAAAUGCAACUAGUUAAAAGGAUGUAUUUAAAAGAAUCAAUACUAUAAGUCCAAAAGUACUUUUAAUGAAUGCAUACUUAAAAAGGGAAAAUAAGACAUGCUUGCCCCCUACUGAAUUACAUAAAACAACAAAACUAAAGAAAAAACAAGACCCGAGAUGCAACACAGUUUGUGUCUCAUGGCUAAAGGCAGAACUUAUUUUCUGAGUUCCUUCUUUUGGCUUUGGAAGGCACAGGGAAACACCAUGUGCAGCGAGGUGGAAGGAGCCCCCUGGUAGAGCUUUUGUUUAUUUAUCAAAUCAAAGGGUUAGGCAUGCAGUGAAGAAAAAAAGGGAUAGAUUAAAUUCUGGAUAAUAAAGUAGAUCCAAACUCUGAGCCAGGUACCAGUGGAGUCACACUGCUGUCGGCAAAUACAAGAUGGAAACAAGGAGGGGCGGAAACCACGAGGAAGAAAGUGCAAGAGUGUGAGAUGGCUACUGAUUUUUUUUUUCAUCUGGGAGGAGGAGGAUGGGUUAGUGGGGCGUGGGGUGAUUCUAUGAUUCAUGUCACCCUGCACCACCGACUCACUGCUCCCAGCACCUGCUCUAAAACCACAAACCCCUUUUGCUUCCCGUGGGCUGGGCCGAUUGUGCCCAACCAUGAGGACAGAGACAGUGCGCGGCAUGUGCAUCAUCUGCCUCAGUGCUCUUGGUCUUUCGUGCUCCCAUAACGGACCCACGAGAAACCGCUGCGGUCCUGAGACUUGACUCAGCUGGCUCACAAACAGCUCAUCUGCUUUACCAAUCAGCAGGGGAAACUUCAGGUACAAGGAUGUAGCAUUGACAGUGGAGUCAAAUCAGCGGAGUUACCCCCCACCUUCCCACAUCUUGUCUACAUCUAUGGACAUCCUUUUGUGGUACUGAAUAUCUUCCCUUAAUAAUUAAAUAGUAUCUAUUAGGCUUAUAGCAAAUCAAUACUUUAAAUAUAGGGGAUUAGCAACUAUUAGACCAGCUGGACUUGUUUUUAUUUUAUUUUGUUUCUGUUCUCCUGUGUCUCUUCUCUCUGAACAGGUUGUAAAGGGUGACAGACAGCUAUGUGUCCAUUCAUCCAUAUUAAGAAGUGCCACCAAUCCCUAGGAUGGGUUAUUAUUGUUGCUUUUUUUACUCUUAUGUUUACCUGCUACAUUUAUGAACUGAAACCAAAAUCUGUCACCAUGAAUGUGUGAUGUACAAAUAUGGUGGAUCCCAUUAUUUUCAGCCUCCUAUAAGGUGCUGAAUCAAUAUUCAAGCUAAGGCACAAAGAAUUGACCUUGACGUUCAAUUUUACAAUUACUAUGUCUGAAUGAAGGGAGCGAGGAGUGUGAUUCUAUAGACUUCAGCUGUAUAGGGUGUGUAUGGUAUCAUUGUCAGUACUCUCCCUGGAUCCGUAACAAUGGAGUGGCACUCGAUUGCUGUCUCGCUCGAAUCUCCGGGUCCUGCUUGGUUAUUGGUCGAGCUGCGCUGGCCAAUCCCCAGCUGUCGCAUCUUCAGACAGACCCAGUGCAGUUUGAUUGAAAGUAUCUGAAAAAAAGGGGGGCAAGUAGCCUAUCUAGUGUGCCUUUGCAAUCCCCCCUUCCUUUGAUGGUUUCUUUCUUUGUCCUUAUCUUCAGCACACCAGUGGUUAAGUCUCUGUUCACAUCCGGCUUUGAGGGUCAACAGUAGCAAAUGCUGUGAGAUACAACUUCACAAACUUGCCCUAGUAAUAACAGAUGCUGUCUAGGGAGCACCAAGCAGAGUGAAUUAUCCAUGGUGAGAAAGCAAUCCCAUGCCAUGGGACAAUGUACUGUACAUUCUGUAAUCAGUCUUGUUUUAUAUUGUACAUACAGAUAGAUAUACGCACAUGAUGUCAUUUAAUUUAAUAAAUAAGGGUAUGUGAGGGGAGAUACCCCUUACAAACGAGUCACAAGGGACCCAAAAGUGAAUUUAAACCGUGUGGUUUUUUUUUAUACACAUGUUGUGUGAACAAGUGAAGCAAGCUCCAAAAUCUGAUGUGAGCAUUCAGUAGUCCACACCUACAUCCAAAGCAAAUAUCUUCACAACUAUAGUCUAGAUUCUCAUGAGAUGUUGUAUGGAUUUUAUUGAUACCCUGAGAAUAAUUUCUUAGGAUUUUAGUGACCCUGUGACCUUUCUUCAAACACCAUCACAGGGUCAGAAUUUUCCCUUGACCAGAUAUUGGGCAUUGACAAGUUAUCUUAUAAAUAGUCAUUAAUCUACUUAGAGUAUUUAUAGUUGCAUAUAAUAAUACUAUUUUGGUGAAUGCUGACCUUUAAUUUGACCAUCCAUCCAGCUGAAAUGUCCACGAAAUUUUGCAAGCAUGUUCAAAUUAUCAAUGGAAAUAAGCUGUUUUUAUUUAAUGAUACCAUGGCCUUUAAUCUCAGGAUAUACUGAACAGUUUGAACUCCACUACCGGUUCUAAGAUGAACAAAUUAUCAUAAGGUCCAACAUUGUUAUAAUAUAGCUUGCAAUGAAUAUUGCUAUUGUCUCUGGCUUUUUGUGCUCGUAGCGUGGCUCUAGUCUUGUUUGAUUUGAAAAAUUCAUACUAAAGUAAAACCUGUCACAUUAGAUAAAGUCAUUCAACCUCAAAAGUUGUGAAAAUCAACAUCUGUCUGAAAAGCACACGCGGUUUGACUUCAAGCGUGUGGGAUGUCACAUGUGACUUAACUGUAAGGGGUUACGAUUAGAGGUAAGAAAAAUGCCUUUUCUAUUCAACUAGAGACAGCAGUUCAUAUUUGAGCAGGGACGCUACUGUGUGUGUGUACGUGUGUAUGCGCGUGCGUGCUUGAGUGCAUGCAUGCAUGUUUGUGAAUGUGUGUGAGUGUGUAUGUGUGGGUGUGUGCAUGUAAAUUCAGUAUAAGCCCUUGGGCCACACCCACACAUCCUCAUGUUAGCCAUUCAGUGAGUGAGAAGGAUCCAGUCAGGCAAAGUAACCUCUAUCCAAAUUGAUAUGACUGCAGAUUGGCAGUGUUUAUUUGAGUUUUCACUGACUUAUAUGCCUAUUGCACUUGGCUUCACAGACAGCAGUCAUGUUUUUGCUUGUGGGGGUGGUGUCUCGAGACAAAGCACGUCCAUAAUUCAUAACUGUUGUCAGCUCUGGAGGCCACUUGUAUGCUCCCUCCCUGCUCUUGCUGUCUCUUAACAUAGAAUGCACUUGGCCCUGGGUGUACUGAUGGCAUCUCAAGGUGCACACACAAAAAUACAAACAGGUAAAAAAAAAAAAAAAAACUGUAUAUACACACAUAAACAGGUACACGUGGCACAUUCAGGUCCACACGGGAAAACACAGGUGUGUGCUUCAUGCACAGUCACAGUUGCACAUGAACACACAAACACACACACACAGUUUGCACAAACAAAAUCUCAAGCAGCCAUCCUUGUUUUUUCUGCUCUCUCAGAAUCAAUUUGAUGGAUCGAAUGUCUGGAGAUAUUACGACUGACUGAUGGAACCAGGAUACUAAAUGCAGCACAGAAAGGGACACUCUACACUGCAUCGCCCUGGAGACACACACACACACACAUACUCAGAUAUACAAAAACAGCUACUGUAACAAAACACACACACACACACACACACAUACACACACACAUGCAUGCAAACACACAUGCACUCGCUAUGCAUUUUAACAAUCUGGAUAGCAUAUGCUAUGAGAGACUUUUUUCAUGGGAAUCUGCAGGAAGUAGUACUGGGAAUCAGGAGAGGCAUAACAGGAUUGAUAUUGAGCCAGGGCUGUAGGCUCUUGCCAUUGAAAUUCCCUCCAUCACAGAUGAAAGUAGCAGUGGAGGUGGAGGAUGGGAUGCAAGUCUUCCAGCUGUUAAAUUCCUCCAAGCUUUUUGAUUUGCUUUCCAGCAACUUGCAAGUCUCAGGUGGCAGAUUCCCCAGUUUAUGAGCCCUCGCAUUGCAUCUCUCCUCUCAUGCGUGCAGCUUUGUGGCCUGACAAACUUGUGCUCUUUCCAACAAAUGAAUUUUAAGGAGCUUUUGUCAGUUCAAGUCAGUUUGGGAGUGGAGGAGGAAAGUCUUAACACACCUCCGAGUGUUAGCAGCACAUUCAAUACCAUUCUUUAAAACAGUAUCCAUCAGCACUAUAUAUUGUCUUAUUAUCAACACUCAAAGGUGCAGCGAACAUGAAAUCAUUCAUGGUUAUCCUGCGUUAUAUGAUAGGAGUAUGAAUCUCAUGUAGCCACAAUGUUUUAUGUUUUAUUAAGCAGUUUUGUUUCUGAUUAAAGCUGUUAAGCAGGGCAAACCGAUGCUUAGACUUUGUGGUUUGGCCUUGUGUGUCAGUAUAGAGGAAUGUGAUGCAUUGUUACUUUUGAGAGAGGAGAUGGAUGGGGCUGUAGUCAACCUCAAGAAGGAAGGCAAAGGUACCUGCAUGUCAUAGGAGAUUGAGCAGAUGAACGGGAAUGCUUUGCUUUGAUGUAACAUAACUGUAUUCGCCUAAAAAUAGUUAUAAAAAAAUUAAAUAAAAACUUUAAAAAAAAAAAAAGAAAGAAAGAAAAGAAAAUCUACAAUUGUAAAUAUAUUCACAGAAAAUUUUAUGAAGCUUUAUUUUUGUCUUCUUCUUUAUUUUAAAUUUAUCAUCCAUGUACUUUGCACUUUUUUGUGUGCUGUGCUCAUCACCGGCCUGUGUGAGAUCUGUGUGGUUGGCUGUUUCUCUUGACUACAUUGUUUCGAUGUCAGGGGGAGACACGCUCAGCGCGGCGUUACUAAAGGGAAAUGUAAGACACUUUUGUUUUCUUUAAUCUCAUCUGUUUUUCUGCUGUGGCUUCUCUUUGGUUUUGUAAAACAGUACAGACUUUUCUGUUUGUUCGUUUGAUGAAAACAAUCCAUGUAAAUAUCACAAGUAAAAAAAUGUAUAUUUUUACGACUUCUGAGUUAUUACUCUUUCAUUUGCAAAUAAAAUAUUCAAUGACAACUUAA